AUGGCACCUCCUCCCCGUUUGCGCAUCCUGUCCGUGGGUGGCAAUGCAAUUUCAGCCUUUCUCUCAUGGCGACUGCAGGCAACAACCUCCUGCGACGUGACCUUGGUGUGGAAGUCCGGGUUCGACGCUGUAUCUCAAUAUGGUGUUUCAUUCAAAUCCAACGCAUUCGGCAAUGAGCGUUUCAAACCCAGACAUGUUGUCCGCGCUCCCGAAGAAGCCUCAUCUCGCGAAAACGCAUACGACUACGUUAUUCUCUGUGUAAAAGCACUGCCCGAUGUCUACGACCUGGCCUCCGUCAUCGAAUCCGUCGUCACUCCUCAGCACACCUGCAUCCUCGUUAACACGACUAAUACCCUCGGAAUUGAAGCCCAUCUCGAGCAGCGAUACCCAACAAAUGUCAUUCUUUCCCUUGUUUCCAACGUGGAAAUCUCCCAAACUGGCCCCAGUGAAUUCGAGCACCUGAGCUCGAGUGAGAUAUACGUGGGCGCAACCAACAAAUCUUCCUCUAUCCCCACAUCUAUCCAGAAUGACAUGGCAGCCGCAUUGGCCAUGACUUUGAAUUCCGGUCAGGUCGACUGCAAGGUUUCGGAGAACAUUAGGCAGGAGCAGUUUGAGCGGAUGAUCGGUCCAAUUGCUUUCAAUCCGGCCAGUGUCAUUUUCGAAUCCCCCAACCACACACAAUUACUCGAGAAGACCGGUGCCCGCCAAUUAGUAACGGGCAUCAUCGACGAGCUGGUAGAACUUGCCACCUCGCUAGGCUGUUCAUUCCCCAAGGACUUCCGAGAAAAGACCAUCGAAAAAAUGACCGCAUUGGAAGCACCCACCACAAUGUACCAGGAUUUCCAGGCCCGGCGCCCGAUGGAGGUGGAGACGUUUUUGGGGUCACCGGUUAAGUUGGCAAUCGAGUCCAACGUUCGCGUUCCCCGGGUCGAGACGAUGUACGCAUUGAUGCACCAUGCGAACACCGUGAACCAGAACAAGCCUCGUCAGGAUUCUCCACCUGCGUCCGUGAUGGGAGCUCAACCACCUCCCCGAAUGUCUUCCGCUCCUUCUCAACGUCCCAUGAUGAAUGGUGGUCCUCCCGGUCCGCCCUCUAUGCGAGGAGGCCGAACACCCUCUGGCAUGAGUAUGGGCCCACCGCGACGAGGCCCACCCCCCGGUAUGAUGCCGAGAGGCCCCGGUGGACCAAUGCCAAUGCCCGCCAACCGUGUCCCGCGCGAUACAUCUCUGGAAGGACUUGAGGAAUUCAGCCAUCUGGUUGUGUACGACGGAGAGGGUGAACCGGGUGUGCCACACCAAAAUGGCAAUGGCCACCCUGAGUCAGGACCCGGCCCUGCGUCCGAUCUGACCCUUCGCGAGCGAGAGCUGGCCCUUCGUCAACGUGAAUUGCAACUUCGUGAACAGGAAAUGGGCAUGCGCCGUGGACCUCCUGGACCCCCUGGCCCAGGUCGUCGUGGACCCUUCCGACCUGGUCCCGGCCCCGGCCCCGGCCCCAGUCAUAGCCACGGACCUUCAUUUGACGAGGAAGAUGAAGAUUAUUUCGACCCCAUGGACAGCAUGGCCAUCCCCCAUAUUGAUCCUGACAGUGUCGACAUGAUGAGCAUGACCUCUCGCCGAGGACGCAAGGGCCCUGGUCCUAGCCAAAGUCAGCUCCGCAAGAAUCCCGAGUUCACUGUGACCGCCCCGGGCCCUGGUGGUAGCCGCCCUUCAUCAUCGGCGUUCGGUCGUUACUUCGGCCGGAAGCGCGCGAGCGAUCGCGUGAUGCAAGAAAUCCCGGGUCUUCAUGAUUCACUCAUGGACAAUCCGAUGAUGAGCUACUCUUCCAACAGAUACGGAGCCGUCGACCGAAACCAGAUGGCUGCGGAUUCGCGAGCCAACUCAUUAACAGCGAGUCACAUGGGAGACUACCCCCCUCGGCCCUUCCCCACGAGCAGGCGAAACAGCCAAUCUCCCGCGACUCCGUUCGGCGGACCUCAUGGACCUCCCGGUCCCGGUGGCCCACGAAUGGGCCGUCCUCCAACUGCGCAAGACCAAAAUCUUGGACCCCCUGGUGUAUCUCACAAUGGGCAGCCUUCGCCGCCCGGGAACAUGCGAACGCCGGUACCGCGGUAUCCUCAGGGACCUGGAAACGCGGUAGGGCCACAGCAAGUUGAGCAACACUAUGGGGUGAGCAACUUCCCUGCCAAAGGCCCCCCUAGAAAUCAGAAUCUGACCGGUAGUGGGAGCGCCAGCGCGGGGAGUGGUGACAGCGGAGCUAGUGCGAAUCUUGAUUCCGAACCCUCAUCCCACAGCAGCCAGAUCAGCCUGGGCAACCAGGGAGUCGCGGCACCCGUUCGUUAA